AUGAUCAUUACGGGCAAGACGACUGGGGAACACCUUCAGAAUGUGAGUUGUGUGUUGGAAAGACUUCAACAGUACGGUCUGAGGGCAAAUUUAGAAAAAUGUGAAUUUUUCAAGAACCGGAUUUCUUUCUGUGGACAUGAAAUUGACAGUGAUGGGCUUCACAAAACACAAGAAAAAACUGAGGUAGUGUUAAAGGCUCCUGAACCAACAAAUACUACAGAACUGCGAUCAUUCCUUGGAAUCGUGAACUACUGUGGUCGGUUUAUGAAAAACCUCUCAGCAACACUGCACCCAUUACAUCAGUUGUUACAGAAGGACUGUAAGUGGCAAUGGAAUGAGGAAUGUCAAAAUGCGUUUGAGGAGGUGAAGAAUAUGGUCACAUCGAAGGAAGUGCUGACACAUUAUGAUCCGACACUACCGCUGAGAGUAGCAAGUAAUGCUUCUCCGAAAGGAUUAGGGGCUGUACUAUCUCAUGUUAUGGCUGAUGGAAGUGAGCGACCCAUCGCGUACGCAUCACGUUCCUUGAAUGAAGCUGAAAGAAAUUAUGCGCAAAUCGACAAGGAAGCUUUGGGAAUAGUGUGGGCAGUGAAACGGUUUCACACAUACUUAUUUGGACGUCACUUCACCAUGAUAACAGAUCACCAGCCCUUAGUAUCCAUAUUUAGUCCGCGUAAAGGGAUAUCGACGACAUCGGCAGCACGACUGCAGCGAUACGCCUUAUUUCUCGCAGGAUACGAUUACGCGAUCGAGUACAAAAACACAAAGCGACAUGGUAACGCAGACAGUCUUUCGCGUAUGCCAGUGGAGACAGAGAACGAGACGGAAGUGGAAGAACUUGAGGCUGUGUCAUUGUUGAAUUUGUCGCAAUUUGAGACACUUCCGGUUACGCACGACCAGGUGAGACGUGACACACUUCGAGACCUAGUUUUGUCAUCAGUGUAUGAAUGUGUUAUGUCGGGUUGGAACCCAGACAACCGUAAUAGCAAGACGGAAGCCUAUUUCACCAGGAAAACCGAGUUGACUGUACAACAAGGAUGUCUUCUGUGGGGAAUUCGGGUGAGAAUUCCACCCAGGCUACGUAAACGAGUGCUCGAUGAACUGCAUUCGGGACACAUCGGCGUAGUGAAAAUGAAAGCAUUAGCCAGGAGCUACACAUGGUGGCCUGGUAUUGACAAGGAGAUUGAGUCAAUGACCAAAAGUUGUAAUAGUUGUCAAAAUGUGAAACAUGCACCACCUGCGGCUCCGAUACACCCGUGGGAAUGGCCAUCCCAGCCAUGGAGUCGCGUUUACAUAGAUUUCGCAGGACCAUAUCUCGGAUCAAUGUUUUUUGUAAUGGUAGACGCCAACUCGAAGUGGCCAGAGGUUAUCCAGAUGAAGACAACCACUUCUGAGAAAAUCAUCGAGGUCCUACGCACCAUUUUUGCCAGGAAUGGAAUUCCGAGACAGUUGUAA